UUAAUGACGUAGUUUGUUUACACACCUCACAGUUUUGCAAGUAAAAGUGUACUGUAUCCGUACCUAGAAACAGAUGUUCCCGUUUUUAUAACCCCUGUUUCUCUGUGAUUGAAUAUUGGACGUUUUUUGUGACCAUACUACAGGCAGAAAGGGAACAGUUUUCAAACCGACCUCCUACAGUGCAAGUUUUCAUAGUAUUUGCACAUUUCCCUAAAGUUUUGCUUAUCUAAGUGUAAUACCUAGCUAGCUGGGAGUGUUUGAAGUCCAUUUCCACCUUUGGAUAAUUUGUCGAACUGUGAAAGUAGUGUGAGAAGAGAUGUCGUCCCCAGCAGCCGGAAAGAGACGGAUGGACACAGAUGUUGUGAAACUGAUUGAGAGCAAGCACCAGGUGACCAUAUUGGGAGGAUUGAAUGAGUUUGUAGUCAAGUUCUUUGGACCGUCAGGAAAUCGACGCUAACAUGCUUGACAGCUUGUUCUUUGUAUGGCUCCAAUGUGCAGCUCCCUAUGAAGGUGGUGUAUGGAACGUGCGUGUUGAUCUUCCUGACAAGUACCCCUUUAAGUCUCCUUCAAUAGGUUUUAUGAAUAGGAUAUUCCAUCCGAACAUUGAUGAAUCGUCAGGUUCAGUAUGUUUAGACGUUAUCAAUCAAGCUUGGACUGCUCUGUAUGAUCUGUCAAACAUCUUUGAGUCAUUCCUACCUCAACUGUUGUCCUACCCAAACCCUACUGACCCCUUGAAUGGAGACGCAGCUGCACUUUAUCUUCAUAAACCUGAUGAUUUCAAACGGAAGGUCUUAGAUCACAUAAAAAAGUAUGCAACAGAAGAAGUACUUCGACAAACUGAGGAGGACUCUAGCUCAAGUGCGAGUGAAAUGAGUGAUUUGUCUGAUGAUGAAAUACAAGACAUGGAACUAUAGCAUACCAUCUUUCAUCUGUCAGUGUCAGUAUCAGUAAGAGAAUACGUAAUGUCUGGGUGUUGUUCAAAGCUUCAUAUUUCAGCAUUUGUUUUUAUUCUAAGCCUGAUUUGAUGUACACACAUUAGGCCGCCGCCAUUUAUGCUGAAUAUUUUACUAUCAUCAGAUUCUUCACCAA